ACCAAACCGUUAUGUCUACCAACACUGUGCUGCUUGUGCACGGCGAGCAGGACAGCAACAUCAGAGACCUAUUCGGCUCGCGCUUCCUGAUCCAAAGAGGCUGCACCUACGACAGGGUGGAGUACCGCACGAUCCAGCUGCCCGGAUGUCCCGAUGCGGCCAGCGCCGCCUUCACCUACCCGGUAGCACUCAGCUGCCACUGCGGAGCCUGCAGGACAGAUACGGAUGAGUGCGCCCACAGGGCUGACAUGGGCGCCAUCGCAUGCACCAAACCGGUGCGACAUAUGUACCCAUACCUAGGCGACUUGAUGCUCUCCUGAAUCCACUUGUUGCUUUGCCUUGUUUGCCAUCUCUGAGUCACUGACCUGGUUUAUCUCGAAUGUAUGCAAAUGUGUGUGGGUAGAUUCCACGCUCUUGAUUAAAGCCUCUAAAUAGCUUUCCAACUAAGCUGCGCUUGACUUAAUCACAUCCUGUUUUGCUUUAUGUCACUAGUUAUACCUGCAAUGUCACCUCAGAGACUAGAUCUACCUUGACACAUGAAGAAGCCCUUGUUAUGGGUUGAGGAAUGAAGGCCCCUGUAUUUCUUCAAGGACACUGUCGCCAAAACAUAAGAUGGAUUUGGAUUGUUGACUUAAAGUCCCUGUGCUCUUAUUCACCACUCCACACAUUCUUAACCUUAAACAUUAUAUUGUGUCAGGACUCAGAAAUGUCUUGUUUUUGCUUUCAUACUAGUAUUCAAAAUAACAAAUGCCCAAAUGCUAUUCUGGUCUGCAAUCUGCAGUUGACUUCAACUACCGGCUGCUCUGGAGGUAUACCUAGGGCCCAUUGUCAACACGAAAUGAUGCAUUCCUUCUCCGAUGUCAGUAGCAAGGAGUGUCCAACUUGACUUUUUUCCAAGUUGUUUGAUUUGGUAACAUGCCCUUGUGUUAGCACCUCUCAUCCCCACAGGAGCUU